GCUGCGUUUUAUUUGAUUUCGCCUGUUGAAUUGCAAAUAGUUCUAGGUUCGGCCAACAGAUGUGGCUUUCGCGCUCAAAUCAAUGUCAAAGUCUAAAUUGUGUUUGUUAGUUUACAUACGAAACGCUCCAGAUGAAAACGUUUGAUUGAGCAUUGUGGUGUAAUUGGUUGUAUUUGCUUAAAAUAAAUUCGAAUAAAGUGAAACAAACGUCUUGAAACAUGGAGAUCGAUUCGUCAGAUGAUGAGCGGUCGGUAAAAGAUCAACCGAUGGAUUCGGACGAUGAAUUGACACAAACAAAGAAUUUGAUUGCCGGUAAAAUCGUCAAAAUUCAUUUGAAGAAUUUUCUCACACACACUGAAGCUACCGUCCAUCCCAGCGAACAACUGAAUCUGGUGAUUGGUCCAAAUGGAACGGGAAAAUCAUCGAUUGUCGCAUCCAUUAUCAUCGGAAUGGGUGGCAGUACAAAAAUUCUGUCAGAACGCAAUAAACUUGCCGACUAUGUCAAAAAUGGCAAAGACCAAGCAAAAAUUACCGUUACCGUGUACAAAGAUGAACGACGCAAUUUGCGGCACUUUACACGUGAAUUCAAUCGAAAGAACAAGAGCACCUACUACAUUGAUCAGCUCAAAGUCACCGAAAAGCAGUACAACGAGGAGAUAAGUGCACUGAAUGUGCAAGUGGGUAAUUUGUGUCAAUUUUUGCCCCAAGAGCGUGUUCAAGAUUUUGCCAAGCAAAAUCCACAAGAACUGUUUGCCAGCACACAAAAGUCCGUGUGCGAUGAGGACAUGAUUAGCACAUUCGAUCAGUUGAAAGAGUUGCGAUUCAAUCAACUCAAUGGCAACAAACAAAAUCAGAAAACAGCCGAUCUGUUGAAAGAGAAUGAGCGUCGUGUUGAAUUGCUGCAACCAACGGUGGACAAUAUACGGCGACAAGAUGAGCUGGUGCGCCGGAAAAGCGUAAUCGAAAAGAAGCUGGCUUGGAUGGAUUUCCAGGAAUCGUACGUAAAAUGCAAAGAGGUCAACAAAGAUUUGGAUUUGGCGCAGAAAAAUUUGGAUGAAGAAUUGAAGAAGCGGAAUGACCUGCAGAAACAUGCGGAGGGAAAGAUUAAGGAGCGGCAAAAGUAUGAAAAGUCACUAGCCAGUGAAGCUGCUAAGAGACGGAAACAUGUAGAUGAACUGAACCGCAUUGCUGGCGAACAAGAAAAAUUGGAAAAUGAAUUGCGUAACGCAAAAUGUGACCUUGAUGCCUGCAUUCAGAAUGCCGCAGAGCGAGAGUACAAAAUCAAUGAAAGUGAAGUUGUCCUCAACACAUACAAACAAGAAUGCGACAAUUAUUUGCAAACGAUUGGCUCAGUCGAACAUGUCAAGGAACAAAUAACUGAAAUUGAUAAAAAAAUACAGCUGACACGUGACCGAAUCCGCACUCUGACCGAAUCCCGUGUAAAAAUGAACUUCCAAAUCGAAAAUGUGGUCAAACCAAACAUGAUUUUGGUUGACAAGAGAAUCAAUGCUCUGAAUUCGGUGGCCGAUGCCAAACUAAACUACUUGCAAAACAAUUUUGCAGAUGCAUACUCUGCUGUUAUAUGGUUGCGCGAGAAUCAGAGCAUGUUCCGGGGAAAAAUCUACGAACCGAUGAUUAUGGAGAUUAAUGUACGGAGUAAUGAAUACUGCAAGUACAUAGAAAAUUGUGUAAGAGUCCAAGACCUCAUCGCUUUCACCUGCGAGGAAACGGAAGACAUGAAUAAAUUCCUGAAAAUAUGCCGUGUCGAUAAUAAGCUGCAUGUCAAUGCUGUUCAUUCGCCGCCAGGGGAUACAUUGAGAUUCAAGCCACGGGUGCCAAUCACCGACUUGCGCAAGAUUGGCGGUGAAAUCUACCUGAUCGAUUGUUUCGAUGCCCCGGUGCCGAUUCAAAACUUUUUGUGCCAAUCAUAUAACUUCCAAAAUGUUCUGAUUGGUAACGACAAUCUUGAACGAAAGGCUGAUUUGUUGCCGCCAACAAUAAUGCUAUUCUUUACAUCGACACAUCGAAUCGCGACCAAAAUAUCAAAGUACACAUCACAACGAUCGCUCAUGUCGACCGUAUUGACAUCGAAAAAUAUGUUGAAUGUGCGCGUAAGUCAGAGCGAGCUGCUAGAUUUGCAGAAUCAGAAGGCCAAAUUGACGCGGGAGCGUGACGCGUUGUUCAACAAACGCAACGAAAUCGAAGCAAACAUAAAUAUGUUGGAAGAGCAGUGCAAAACGGGUUUCCAAGAGAAAGGUGAACAACAAAAGCGCAUCUUUGAACUACAGCAACUGGAAAAGAAGGUGAAAAUGCAGGAAAAUAAACUGCGACGCCUGGCCAAUGAACCGAUCGAUGUGGAUGGUCAGAAGGAGCAUUUCAGCAAACGGUCUAAAGAAAUUGUGAAAAAAAUGCUGAAAUUCGAUGAAAAUUCCAUCACUGUCUACGAACAAAUGAUAAAUAUCGAACUGAAUGAAGUGAAAGCACGCGCCCGUUUGGUCAUUUUCAAAAAUGGUACCGCCAAUUUCGAUGCACAACUCAUGGAGUGUAACGACAUAGUUGACCGCAUCCAAAGGUCGUGCGAUCGAAUCGGUACCAUUCUCGAUAAGUUGAAGCAAGAGACAAAGGACAAACAAGUGAUUGCACUGCAAAUGACGGAAAAUCGAAGGCCAUCGGAUGGUGAUCGAUUCCCAUACAAAAAGGAUUUCGAUGAAUUGUCCGAAGAUCGAAAAGAAUUGGCCGACGAAAUGGAAGAUCUUGAACAACAAAUCAACUGCCGCUCGACCAACGACCAAGCCGUUCUUGACGAUUAUAAUGAACGAAUCAAGACCAUCGAAGCGCUGAAAAAGGAUCUGAAAAAGAACAACAAGUCAUCGAAUGAUUUGGAGCGUGACAUCAACACGUUGCACAAUAAAUGGUUCGGAAAAAUAUCGGGCAUUGUGAAAUCCAUCAACACCAAUUUCAGCGAGUUCAUGCAUUCCAUGAACUGUGCGGGCGAAGUUGAAUUGAUUUUCCCCAGCGAACGAGACUACGAACAGUAUGGUAUUGAAAUUCGGGUAAAAUAUCGGAACAAUGAGAAAUUGCGAGCAUUGGAUCGGUUUGUACAAUCGGGUGGCGAACGAGCCGUUGCAAUCGCUGUGUACAGUUUGUCAUUGCAACAUUUGUCACAAGUGCCUUUCCGCUGUGUGGACGAAAUCAAUCAAGGUAUGGACCCUAAUAACGAGCGUCGUGUCUUCGAAAUGCUGGUCAAUCAUGUGGCUCAGCCAGGACAAUCGCAAUUUUUCUACGUUACACCAAAACUUCAAACCACGUUGCCAUACAAUGAAUACGUUACCUGCAUCACUGUUUACAACGGCCCAUACACCAAUCACAACGACUUUUUCGAAAAUAAUUAAGAUGCAGCCAUAUCCAAUCCAAUCCAGAUCCAGCCCAUUCUUUAGUUGAGCAAUUACCUAGUGCGAAUGGACAUCAGUGAAGUUAAUAGUUUACGUGUCAUUUUUUUCUGUUUAUUUAGUUUUUAUUGAUUCGUUUUCAUAAUUCUCAAUUAGAUUUUCAUUGUUUUUCCAUUUGUCAUCAAGUAUUUACAAAACACACAAAAAAUAUUUGAUUAUUGGUUUGCUAAAUUAGUGUGAUUCAAUGCGAUUUGAGUAGACUGAUGAUUUAAAUCAAACAAACAUGUUUUUUGUUAAUGUAAAACACAUCGUUCAUCCAUUAAUAUUGUUUGUCACAAUCCAAACUGAUGAAUACGUCACAAUUCAGCGCAUUGCAGUCGAAGCUGUUGAAAUAUUUCCCAAAUCAUCAUGAAUCAUCAGAUUAUUUAAAACAUUCUAACGGAAUCGAUUUCCUAUAUACUUAUAAGUAAUUAUUCGAUUAUUUCAUACAUUUAUUGCUAUCCUUAAUAUUUUAUUUAUCAGUAAAAGUAGGUUAUAAAGUUUUGUUUACUUUUUCUCUCUUGUUACAAAAUGGGCCAAAGUUGAACAAAUAAAGAAAAAAAACACGGAAUCAACCGAAAAAAAUACUCGUAGAAAUGAUGCGAGAGAAAAUAAAAUUCUUCUGCUUCUAUAGCAUUGUGAUCAGGUUUAUAAAGAACGAAUACAAUAGAUAGAAACAUUUUGUGUCCAAAUCGAAUAUUUAAGUAAUAAAAAUCUAUUUUUGUUACACGAAACCAAAA